GUGAUAUGCAUUUGUAAGCUUUGCUAUAAUUUUCUGCGGCUAUUUCUUAUUCAAACUCUCCUGUAAGGAAGAAGUUCAAGCAAAUUGCAAAUGUGAGUCAGAAGUUGGAGUGUGCGAAGGUCACUUGAACGCACCAGGAGACGGUGCGUGCACCGUGCUGACGAGCCGUUGCUUUUGGAAACAGCUGGUGGUUUCUGUCAGCGAGCUCUUCGGAUUGAAAGCAGUAUUAGCGCCAUUAAAAGUUCAAAUUAGUUUAGAAACUGACUGAAUACGCUUUGCAUUGGCUCUCUGUUCCUGUUUCACCUGAAGCCGGGAAAUGUCAUCAUGUGAACGCCGCUUUAUCAAGCAGCUGUUAAUUAACGACCUGCCGUGUUAAUGGUAGACAACUAACGCUCAUCGCCACUGGCUGCUAUCGUCAGCUAGCUAACUUAUUGCUCCUUUAGCAGUUACCGCGACUCUGAUUUUUUUUAUUUUAUUUUUUGCGAGUGCAGCAAAGCUGCCAGUUUAGGGUUAUCUGACAGUUCUGAAUCAAGGUUUAACGUAGUUUCAGCAUGACUCAUAUUCAUUACAAAUUCUCCUCUAAACUCAACUACAACACGGUGGUUUUUGACGGCCCGCACAUCACGCUGAAUGACUUGAAGAGGCAGAUCAUGGGCAGAGAGAAGCUUCGAGCCGGGGACUGCGACCUGCAGAUCACAAAUGCACAAACCAAAGAAGAGUACACAGACAAUGAAGAUCUGAUCCCAAAAGGCUCCUCUGUCAUCGUCAGGAGAAUCCCCAUCAUUGGAGCCAGGUCCAGCUCAAGUAACAAGACCAACAACACUGAGCGAUCAGACUUCCAGGGUCACCACGCCUUCGGAGCCAGCAGAGCUAUGGUUGACCGGAGCUCUACCAAAGCCUUGUCGUUUUUCACCAAGAUCCAGAUGGCUAACCUGGUUGAUGCAAAUGUGUCAGAGGAGGAGAAAAUAAGAGUUGUAGCGAAUCAGACCUCGUACGACCCCAUUAGUUUAAACACAAAGUAUGGCACUGUCCUUCCAGAGAACUACACCUGCUAUCGCUGUGGAAAUACUGGGCACCACAUCAGGAACUGUCCAACUGCUGCACAGGAUAAAAACUUUGAGGCUCUUCCAAGGAUAAAGAAGAGCACAGGAAUCCCUCGCUCCUUCAUGGUUGAGGUGGAUGAUCCCAACAUUAAAGGAGUCAUGCUGACCAAUUGUGGCCGUUAUGCAAUUCCAGCCAUCGAUGCUGAGGCAUAUGCUACUGGAAAGAAGGAGAAGCCUCCGUUUAUUCCACAGGAACAACCCAAAUCUGAAGGCGAGGAUGAUCCCAUCCCCGAUGAGCUCCUCUGUCUGAUAUGUCACGACCUACUGAAUGACUCUGUGGUCAUACCCUGCUGUGGAAACAGCUACUGUGAUGACUGUAUUCGCACCACUUUGCUCGAUUCAGAGGACCACGUCUGCCCAACAUGUGGCCAGUCAGACGUCUCUCCCGAUACCUUGAUAGCAAAUAAAUUUCUCAGACAGGCUGUAAACAAUUUUAAGAAAGAACAAGGCUGCGUUAAGAACCAGCGAAGAAGCUGCGACUCAGCUCAGUCCCAGAAUGCAACUCCAACUCCAAGCCCUGUCCCCACACCUCCCCCACUCAGUUUGCAAAGCCAGCAGAAGCCUGUCCACCUACUCUGCAGCCAGCAGGCUGCAAAAACUCCACCAUUAUCUCAGGCUCCUGAUGUUUCCCCUGUAGCAACAGACCCAACCUUUGCUGACAACACGGCUAACAUCUCUCUCCAGUCUGUGCAAAAACCUGUGAUGACAUCUGACAAUGAGGCUGAAGAAAAGAUGAGCAAUGACUCAGCUGCUGCUGACCCUUCUGUGUUGGUUCCUGACAAACCUCCUACCAACGCAUCAUCACUGGGAAACGAUAUUCCAGCAGCAGAGCAGCCUCAGACAGUCGAUGUGAGUCAGAAACACACCUCCUCAGAAUUAACCCAGAGACUGUCUGGAUCACCUGCCUCCUGGGACAAUGCCCCCUCCUCCUCAGGUUGUCCGCCCAGAGGAUUGACUGAAUCAAGCACCCUGCAACUUAGCACCUCUUCAUCAUCCUCAUCUUUAUACUCGGCCACACCUUCACCUGUUUUUCCCUUUCCCCUUUUUCACACAUUCAUCCCAACUCACCAGCCUCACAACAGUUACCCCCCUGGAUACCUACCAACCACACCUGAUUGGAUGCUUCGCAACCCCCAGGGUGGUCCCAUCCCUCCUCUUGGCUCCUCUACCUCCUCUUCCUCCAUCCCUGUCCUCAUCCCCAAAGAGUGGUAUAGGUAUCAAAAAAAGAACAAUGAAAGGUCACCUCACAGACAUUCCUCCUCUCAUUUAAACUCCCCCAAAUCCAAGUCCUCCCGCUUCUAUUCUCAUUCAUCGAGUCGCUCACGUUCUCGCUCUCGGUCCAGAUCAAGACCUCGCUCCAGUAAGAGACACUUCCACGGCCGCUCUAAUAACCCCAGUUACAGUUAUGGUUACAAACGCCCUCACUCCACCACACCAUCCUCAUCGUCUUCACCUCGAGGAGGCUACCAUUCCAGAUCCAAGUCAUCUUCAGACCAACAGAAGACUCGUCAUCACAGCAAGAGGUCAUCUUCAAGCAGCCGCAGCUCAAAGAGGUGUGGGGAACACUCAGGCAAGGAAACAGGAAGUUCAUCCUCAUUUUCCCAGAACGCAAACAAUCUGAGCAACCUGGAGCUGGACAGGCAACGCUACCUGAAGUGGAAGAAGGAUUACCAAGAAUGGUAUGAGAAAUAUUUCAGUAGCUAUGUCACCCAGUUCCACCAGCUGCAUCUUCCUCCUCCUCCUCAUCCUCAAGAUUUUUUCUACCAACCAGAAGAUAACCGUGCCGCCACAAUGGAAGCUAGCUCCCCUUCAUCUGACUUGUCCAGUUACAGCCGCUCCCCUCCUUCUCAGUCCACUAGUGACAGUCACUCUUCACCAUCUCACCCUUCAAGUGACAGUGGUUCACCUUAUAAAGCCAACAAUGCCCGCUCUCCACCCUCUCACUCGUCCAGCGAUGGUCGCUCCACACCGUUCAAAGACGGAGCUCAGCCGAGGGAAUGUCCGGAAAAGUACAGCUGCCCACCAGGUACGCUAACUAAAAGCAGAGAUGAAAUUGAUCUGCAAGACCAACAAACAAGCAAGCAACUGAAACAUGAGGAAAAGCGAUCAAAGAAACUUGAUGGAGGAAAAUCCAGGGAAUUAUCCUCUAAUUCUGCAGAUGACAGCAGAAAGGACGAGAAGAAAUGCAACACUCAACCAAAGGAUGGCGCUGCAGUUUGCUCCAAAUCAACUACCAGUGGCGUCACAGAGUCUGUCCAACCUCUUCUGAAACAAGACAAGGCUUUGGACAAAGACUGUGAAGGACAAACUCAAGAAGAGAGAAAUUUGGAAAGAAAGCAAGGAUGGAGCAGAGGCUCUAAACAAGAUGUGGAGAAAAAACACAAAAUAAAGCUGAACACAAAACCAGGCAGGGUGGAUAGAGACAGAGAGGACCACCCUAGACGCAGCAAAGCUCCUCAUUCCAGAUCAGAGAAGAACAGAAAAAGAAAAGGGGAAGGCUCAGACAGCAACAAGAAAAAAAGUAGCAUUACUGUAAAACCUCAAAGCUGCAAGGACCUGAAAAGCAAAACUACAGACAACCCCGAAAGCAGCGAAAGUGAGUCUCUAAAGACGUUUGACGAAAUUAAGCAAAAGGCAGACAAGACGAAGGAGAAGAAAACAUGGCGUCUGACACCGACAGACAUCUGGGAGGAAGGGAUAAAGGUCAUACCUCAGAAGAAGAUCAGCAUCAACAUCAACCUAGAUUCAAAACAGAAGGAGGGCAAAACUGAUCAACAGAACGCAACUAAUUCAGAGGUCUGUUCGGCAGAAAACCAGGAGCAGACUGCUAUUAGAGAGGAGGAGUUAAACAAAGGCCAGACAGAAACUGAGGUGAAUGAAAUGAAAGAAUCCAGCCAGGAAAUUUUGCCUGAAGUGAAAAUAAAACCAGAUGAGCAAGAAGUAAGAGAGAUGUGGAACAAAGCUGCCUUUGAAGAUGUGAAAGGAGGGGUGUUGAAAAAUGUAGAAGAACAGGACAAUGAGAAAAUAGCCAGCGAGAUGGACCGCUUGGAUUUAUGGCACUGUGCUCUGACAUUAGGAGAGGGAGAGGAGGAGAAUGUGGCAGGAAAGGAAGAAGAAGAGAAAGAGAGAGAUGAUGGCAAAGGCCAUGAGAUGAUGGAGUUAGCAUUUACUUCCUAUAAUGAUAAAGUAGAGAAAGAGACGACAUGUGAAGAAAAAAGAGAUGAACCACAGAGGGGAGACGACGAUACAGUGAUGUCCAACUUGAAGAGUAAAAACAAGAAUCACCGUGAAGGAUGUAACACCACACUGAAUGAUAGCAGUAGCACCUCUGUGGCUGGUAACUGUGGAGCUGAAGAGGAGGAAGUGAUGGAGACUCUGCAGGAGUCUGAAGACACAAAGGAAAAGCUGUCACUCGUACAGGCGCCUUGCUCCAAAUGGGACAAUGAUGAAGAGCAGGGUCACGGAGAUAUCAGAGCUGAGGCUAACACUGCAGCUCUGUUUCCUCCAUCAGUGACUGAGACCAGCAGAAAAGCACCGGGAGACAAUGAACAACAGGGACGAAGGUCAGCGGAGGGAGAGACAGACAAGCACAGAGCAAGAGGGAGAAACAAGGAGAGAAGCUUCUCUUUGUCUAGGUCACUGUCAGAUGUGGCUCCCUCUAGUGGCCACAACACAACUGACAGCACUGUGUAUGCAGACGGGGACACAGGGACAGAGAGGCAAAGGGACAGAGACAGAAAAGGGGAGAGUGAGAGACAGAAAGAAGGUAAAAGAUCAAAUCGAGGAGGAAGAGAAGAAGAGAGGAGGAGAGACUGGGGGCGCAGCAAAAUUAACUUGGUGCAGAACAGAAACUUCCCCUCCUCUUCCUCCUCUCAGUCCUUCUCUUCCUCAGUGUUACAAGAAACAGAGAGCCGAGGACGCAGCCAAGGAGGCAGCAAGAGUUCCCGUCAUGGCUGGAAAUCCUAUGGGACAAGCAAUGAGACAAGCAGAUCUACCAACAUGCCUGAUCAGAAUCCACCCAGAUUUAAAGACAAAGACCUUUUCCACCACUACAGUACUCACCAAAGUCUGUCAGCCAACUAUGGAGAUAAAGGCAGACUUGCAAGGACCCACUACUCCCCACCUUCCCUCUUCUCUAACCACAGAGACUUGUUUUCCUUUGAAACCUCUGGAGGCCCUCAAAGAGGGUUUCCUGAUUGGGAAUUAAUGCGAAGCAAAAGUCGAACUGAAAACAGAGUAGAAAAAGGAAAGUGGAAGCAAGAAAAGAUGUUUAAGGCUGGGAAAGAUUGCAAAGGUGAGAGAGCAAAUCCAGAGAUGGUGGCAAGGCGAGGAGGAGAAAGAGGGAGUUGGAGGGAGGGCAAAACUGAAAGACUGGAGGACAGACAGAGACCCAGCAGCAGUAGCAGCGUCAGCUCAUCAGCAAGCCAUGAGAACAGCAAAGAUGACAAGAGAGGAGAAGGAGGGAGGGAAACGCAGAAGCACAGAAAGGAGAAGAGACAGGCCAGCCCAGAGCUGCACGACGGAGACAGAAGAAAGCUCAAGAAGUCUAAAAGCAACUAAGGAGAGCAAUGGAGAGGUGGGCAACAGGAAGAAGACACACUAAGCCCUACUAAGUUAUGUUACAUUAAUUGUGAGAAAGAUUUACUUGAAUAAUGGUUUUCCUUUCUCAGACCAAAAAGUGCCUGGAUUUAUUUUAUUUACUUUCUCUCUUUUUUUUUUAACCAGGAUACUUUUUGUAUCACGUUAAGAUUUGUUAUAAAUGACAUGCAUCAUCCAAAAAUGCUAAUAAGCAAAUUGUGAAGGAAAAGCACUUUACUGAAAAUGAAUGUCAAAAAAUGAAAUGCCAAAUCUCAGAGCUCUUGCAAGUUAUCUUAAGUUCGAGGAAGUUGCACAAGCUUGCGAUCCUCUAGGGACUGCCAGCAGCUACGUUUUAUAAAACCUGAACCUGUAAGGUUACAGCUCAAAGGAAGUCUUACGCUCUCACACGAAGUGAGUCAGUAAUUUCAUUUGCCUUGCAUAAGCUUGCAUACAGAGGAUUGUGGAAAAGAAGCUGUGAUUACUUCAAAACAGAUACUGUGAAUAUUUAUGGUUUCAACCUCUGUGAUGUGUUUUCUUUCAAAUUUUGUAAAUGUUUAAUUUAAAGAAAUAGCUGCUGGAUGGAAAUGUAUUUACCAAAGAAAAAUGUGUUUCCUGUUUACAAAGGAAAUAAAAAAAAAAACAUAAAAUGUG